AUAAACACCUUGUUUAUUGCUGGCGAGUUCAUUUUUACCUCUUCUCUCGGUGACUCUCUGUGCAUUUCUCUUUUUAUUAUUCUGUGCUUUGCCCUCCUUUGUAAGUUGGUAGUUGAGACUAGAUUUUCCUCAAAUCUUGCCUGCUGAGAGAGAAGAGUUCCUUCGCUUUUUUUCUGAAAUUUAUAUAUCUCUUAACAUGCCUGAGUUUUUCUUUUUCAAGCCAUUUUUCCAGCUACAAAUUUAGCACAGCUAGUUGUGCCCCAUCUUUGGCUAGUUGGUCAGCCUAUGUCCUUCAUAUACCUUCAUGUCCCGGUACCUUGAGGUACCCUUGUGUUUCCCUAGGUCCAUUAGGCGAUUUAGGCAUUUCCAGGCUAGUUUGAAGCUACAAACAUACACCUUCAGUGCUUUAUAGCUGCCUGACUGUCCGAAAGCAGAUUUGUGCACAUUUCAUUUUCCCCAUCAACUCCUGUGCCCAGAGCUGGAUUGCACGGACCUCAGCUUGGAAAAUAGACUGACUGGUUAGUUAAUGGGAUUUUGCUAGAGUGGUGUAAUUUCAUCCAACAUCUUCUUGAAACUCCAAGUUGUCUUUCUUCCAAAUAUCUAUGACCACUUGAAAGGGUCUGACGAAGUUGAGCACUCCCCUCAUUUUUCAAGUACUAUUAUAGCCAUCUGAGAAUUCUCUUGAGAAUUUUGUGGAAAUAUCCAAAAGCUACCUUUUGUAUAUGAAUACGAGGUGAAGUGCAGAUUCCAUCACUAUUGCUGUGCAAGUAUGCAUCAUCCCUCUUCAAGACAAGCUAGUCUUUCUAGAGUUGGCAAUUUGCUUCCUUAUUCAGUGUUAUUGGCCACCAUACUAGAGCUCCGUAUGUUACUAGAGGUCUGACCAUUUUGGUGAUUAACCUACAUACACCUUGAGGUUUGUUCUCCCCAGUUUUUACUGCACAAUCUUUGGCUUAUGCUUAAUAGUGCCUAACACAAGAGUUAUAUGUAGAGGUACCUAGUUUUUUGGAAAAGGUUAUGGUUUCAUAUUUUAGGGUGGGUGCUUUUAGGUUUAGCCUCUCAUAGUUAGUAGUAUGCUAUUUAUUUGACUUCUCUAUUUUUACCCUUUGUUCAAGGGUUAUACCUAUGUAUUUAGUUUCUUUGGAGAAAGGGUUAUAUCUAGGUACUUAGUUUCUUUGGAAAACAUUAUGGCUUUAUGUGGUAAUUAGUGACCGUUAGUCGAUAAUUAUUCAGAAAUCGUGAGAUGCACACACCAGACCGCAUCUCACGAUUUCUGAAUAGUUAUGGCUUUAUAUUUUGUAGUGGGUGCUUCUAGGUUUAGCCUCUCUGGCCAAUGGUUAGUAGUAUCUUGGCCUUGUGUAGUAUGCUAUUUGCAUGACUUCUCCGUUUAACCCUUUGUUCAAGGUUGGUUGUAUGUACUUGGUUCCUUUGGAGAAAGCUAAGGGUUCAUCUUUCGAGUGGGUGCUUUUAAGUUUAGCUUCCUUCCUCUUGUGAAUGGUAUGAUAGAUGUUUUCAUAGAGUAGAUAUUUAAACUCUUCUCACACCAUCUUUCUACAAUGUCCAGGGUGUUUUGCAUCUGAUUCAAAGAGAAGUCGGUUCCUAUGCAUCCCAUAUUUAUCCUUAAACCUGAUUUUCACAAAGAAGAAAUUCAAAAGCUACAACAGGAAAAUUCUAAAUUACACGAUUCAUUAAAGUCAAGCAAUGAAAUGCCAAAGAAAAGAGAAAUCAAGACAAAAUCAGAUGUUGCUACUAGUACAUAUGACAUUUGUCACACUAGGACAGUUGGUGUCGGCUGUACGGUUUUAACAAGAGAAGUUGGGGUAGCAAUGAUGACACCUGCAAUGAUAUCGACAGGAACUGACCCCCUACCGACUGGCGAACGCACUAAAGAAUUAUUAAACCAAGAACAUGGUGACACAAUUUCAUUGAACAAGAUUAUCGGAACGCCUCCAUCAUUCAAAUUUAAAAAUGCGGCAACAUCGACAGAGCUUAAAUUAGACGAUAUUUUCACUGAAGAUGAUGUAAAUGAAAAAUUAAAUUUCAAAAGAGCCAUUAUUAAGCUGAAAAUGAAAAAUGCCGAAACGUUAACUGAAAUACUGGUCAAUGAUAUAUACACAAAGGCAGAUCUAGAUAAGGAAGUGAAACUUAAUAUUGAUGCAAAAAAGGCACAUCUUAAAAAUGUCCAAACAUCUACGCAAACAAUUCAACUUAAAAACGUACAAACUUCCACUAUAAGUAAUUUAAAACAUGUACAAACGUCGACAAACUUAAACCGUCACCAAGUUUUCACGCAAGAAGAUAUAGACGAAGAGAUUAAAAAAAAUACUCAAUUGUAUGAAAAAAAUGUACUAAAUAAUGCCUUAACGAAGAAGUUAUUGAUGACGAGUGUUGGUGUGCAAGCCGUUGAAAUUACUAAAGUACUUGACAAAUGCAACGCAAGUUCACAGACUGCUCAAAAAUGCCAAGAUGUCGCCAUUUCAGCAGUACCCAGAGUCUAUGAUAAUACUUGUCAAGCAAGUUGUCAAACUCGGGAUGUCGGUGUAUCGGAUGAUACCGUAAAACAAAAAGAGUGUCAGAAAUGUAACGUGCAGCGGUUCACAAUCUCGACAAACUUCCCUGAAUUAGGCACCAUGCAAGACAAUCUCCUCUCUGAACCAUUUGAUUUUAAUAGAAUUCUUAAAGUGAGGUCAGAAUCACUGGGCACAGAUACAGAAGACCUUAUUCUCGCAAGGGAUGUUGGGGUUAAUACAAUGAAAAUGAAAUCUGUCAGUACAGCUCUCGACACUUGUGAUUUGCCCUGUAGAAAUUGUGCGAAACAACAAGAAAAUCAAGUUAAGCCAGUACAACAAAAUACACCUAAAAGACCGUCAUAUCUACCUAUUUCAAUUCAGAGGCACAACAGUAAACCGACAUCACCUUCACCUUCAAGGAAUCUACCAACUCCGACUAAACCAUUACACGGUCGAACCUUGAGCGUUGUCGGCUCAACUUCAGAAGUCCAAUUAAAGAAUUCCACACUAGACAGGCUGAAAAAUGAUGACACCAAUAGUGGCAGUGGUUCUGACGAUGGAACUUACACUUUUCUGCAUGACAGUUCUUCUGUCAGCUCUAAAUUAGAAUCUUUACUCACCCAAUCUCCCAAGCCACGGAAUUACAAAAAAAUCGAACCUUCUAAGGAGAUGAGAGGAGCAAUGAAAGUAUUAAACGAUGCAUUGCAACAUUCCCCGUUUGAAGAUUUUCCCAAGCAUAUGAAAACGGCUGUGAAUAUAAUCCAGCAAGAAUGGUUCAAGAUAUCAAGCGUGACAACUUCAAAUCCAUUACACGUUGAAGAUUAUCUGGAUUGCUUUGAGGAGAUUUCCAGCACACUUCUGGAAUACAUAGUUAACAUGACAGAUGUGACAGGCAAUACAGCUAUGCAUUACGCCGUGUCUAAUGGAAAUUUUGAUGUUGUAUCAAUUUUGCUCGAUUCAAAAGUUUGCAACAUCAACAAAUUAAACACAGCGGGAUAUACGUGUAUUAUGUUGGUUGCUCUUACUAAAGUGAAAUCUGAAACAGACCGAGAGGUGGUGAGACGUCUCUUCCAUAUGGCAGAUGUCAAUAUACGAGCCAAAGAGCAUGGCCAAACUGCCCUUAUGCUGGCGGUAUCGCACGGUCGUAUUGACACUGUAGAAAUGUUGUUAGAGGCUGGCGCUGAUGUUAAUAUACAAGAUGAAGAUGGUAGCACGGCUUUAAUGUGUGCUGCAGAACACGGUUGUAUUGAUAUAGUUAAAUUGCUCCUAGCUCAGCCAGAUUGCGAUUUAAGUAUAACAGAUUAUGAUGGCAGUACUGCUUUGGCAAUCGCGAUGAAUGCUGGAAAUCGAGAUAUAGGCGUUCUGCUUUACGCCCAGGAACAUUUUUCAAGAGGGAAUUCACCUUAUACAUCUCUUAAGACGAAACGUUCGAAAAGUACGACUCCGACUUUAAAGCCUUCGAGGCCAGCUACUCCUUCUCAUUCAUCCCACAAAAAAGAUUUUGAUGCUGUAGACCCAUCAUAGGUAGUGUAAUUAAAACUAUUUUUUUAAAAAAGCUCAUCUAAAUUUUUAAAAAAUAUAUAUAUAUAAACCUUCUAUUAUAUAUUCUGUUUUUAAGCAGUUUCUUUUUCUUUUCUUUUUUUAAGGAUAAUUCAUAAUCUUAUAGUCAAAUUUGAUAGCUAGAAGACCUGAUGAACAUAAGGUUACUAUUGUGCAUUUCCGUCCUAUACUCUAGAAACCGUUCGAACCUAUUCAAAGAAAAAAAACUAUUGUAGAUUUUGACUGUCAUUUCAGUAAAUCUUGAAAGGAAAUCUAACUAGAGAGCCGACCAAUAUAUCAAUUUUUUUAAUAUUAUAAAAAGUACUAGGUCAAUCAGGUCAAAUCGUUGUGUUUUGUUGCUUAUUGUUUUCUUUAGUCAUCUCUACCCUAAAAAAAACUUCGCAUAUUGGUUCACAUACUGGUUUGAUGUCCUUAACCCAAUUAAAAAAAUAAAUAAAUAAAAAACUCAUUAAAAUAUUCUAUUUUUUGGUUGAUAAUGCAGUCUGCUAAUAUAGCAUAAAUCUUUAAUACUCCAUGGAUGCCUUUUGUAUUAGAAAGAUUGCCCAGAUUAAAUGAAAUCUAUUAAAUAUUAAUAAUGACACUAGGUGGAAAAUAUUUUUGUUCAUAGAUCUUCUAAGUUACAAGAACUUAACAAUAAAUAAUUAAGCACCACUGGUGCAUUUUCUCAUGUUCAAUUAAAAUAAACAACUAAAUAUUGUAAAAUGGUUAGCGGUUAUUAAAUAAAGUAACUUUCUACUUGUUCUCAAAUGUUUGAUGUAUAUAUGUCAACUGAUGUAUUUUGUAACUUUAUGCUAUGCAUAUAUAAAUUUUGAAAAACGUUUUCAACGUUAGUCUUUAGGUUCUGUCACAUUAUUUAAGACUCCAUUAUUAUAUCAUUGAUGAUAAUAGAGAUUUAACAUGCGAGGAGACUUGCUGACAAAAGGAAUUAACACGAUAAUGUUAUACAAAAAGUAUAAUUGUGUUUUAAUUGAACUUUUUUUGUCAUAUUAAGUAAUUGUAUGUGAUUUUGUGUUAAAGGAAAUAAUAAUUUUAAAAAAUCUGGGUAAGGAUAAAGUAUUCAAUUAUUACCCAGAUGAAUAAAGUGCAGAUAUCCGAUAAGGGGAAGCUACGGAUGUGGGUUCAUAGAUUUUAAUGGAACUUUUUUUUGGUGAUACUAAGUCAAAAAAUAUGAUAUUAGUUUUUUGCACCCCCAAAAACCCUUCAAUACAAAUUUUUGGGAAAAUAAAAAAAUACAUUUUUCACCUCAAAAUUUUUUGUUCCGAGUGCAUUUUUUUUACAAUUUUUCCUCAAAUUCACAAAAAUGGUGAUCACUUAAAAAUGACUACCUGUAGGGAAACUUAGAACUCUAUAAAUUACAAGUAAUGGCAUAAACAUAAUAAAUCAGAACCGGUGAUAUAAACAUUUGAGGUUUUUUUUUUGUCAAUUUCACCCUUAUUUUUCUCAUUUAUAAUGGCAUAAAAUAUAAACAUUGUUGACAUACAUGGAAAAUAUAACAAUCCACCAUAACAACGGUUAUAAUAACGUUGAAUUUGAAUAAAACACAGGGGUUAUUAAUUUUUUAAGGUAGGGGCAUCAAAGAGAAAAAAAUUGCCCCCCCCCCAAUCCAGCCAAAAAUGCCUAUUUUUUGUUUCCCAUAAAAUUUGUAUUUAUGAGUUUUAAACAGUGCUUAUAAAAUGAAUGUGAAUUGUUUUUCAAAAAAUAUUUUUUUGGUCCUAUUUACUGAUAUAAUUUUUGUACCUUUUAAUAUAUCUUAUAUUAUUUAUUACAAUCUUUUAUCCUAGAUUAAAAAACAAAUUGAUUGAUAUAUAAUAAUGUUGAACUUGCACAGCAGUCAGGAAAAUUGUUUUCCCUCGGCUCAUAGAACCAUUGUAAAGAACAGCCGGACAUGUUCGUAGCCUCCUCUUGUAAGUUACUCGUCAAACUAAAUGCCAUAUUUAAUGGAAGAAAACUCUUGUACCAGAUUUUUUUAAAAAUUAUUUUUUUGUACAAGACAUUUUCCUGCUCAAGUCUCCAAGAAGAUUAAGCUUUAAACGAUCAACAUGGCCUCUUUUUUCCCCUCUACAUAUUUAUUUUUAAGUAUUUUACUUUUUCUCUGGUCUUGGCCUAACAUAUUUUUAUGCAAUUAUCGAUAUUUGAAUAACAUUAGGAAAGGAAACAAUAAAUAAAUGUACAUUUGAAUUUAUUUACGAAGAAUUUUUAAAUUUUUUACAUGUUAUAUUGUACAGUAAAAAAAAGGUUUGUAAAUAAAAAAAAUUAACAUUUUACGCUAUUAAUUAUAGAUAAAGUUUAUAUUUAUUUUUUUGGUAUUGUUUAUCUGUUUGUCAAAACAGAAAAUUGUAUUAUUAUGAUUAUAACUAAAAUUUAAAAAUAAAGUUAUUGUCUGCCUAAAAUAUACCUUUUGUAAACAGUAAUUCUGGUGGACCCAGUUGUAUUUGAUGUUGAUUCGAUAAUUUCCAUGCAGGCUCAUUUAAAAAAUUAGGGAGUACUUUAUUUCAAUGGAUGUGUAAAUUUUUUUUUUUUUGCCUACUGAUGCUUUCCGACCGGAAUUUUAUUUUAUUUAUUUACUUAAAUACAAGAUAAAAGUAUUGACUGUAUUUCAAAAUCCUUAUACAGUAUACUCUCGUUUUCUGCACAUCAUCCAGAUUUCAGGUCUGAUAGCGUAAAUGUUCUGAAUCUUUUGUGUAAAUUGUUUACAAACAUUAAAGACAUAUCUGUAUUAUUUGGUAAAUGUAUUCUUAAAAAUUUUCUUGUGUAUAACAAAAUUUUCAGAAUGUUACUAUUAUUAGGAGAACCAGAAUUCACCUGGCUAAUAUGUAUUAACUUAAUUCUUUUAAAAGAUUAAAUGUAUUAAUUAUUUGAAAUGUUAAUAAAUGUUCUAAUAUACUGUAAGUUAAGGAUAAAUAAAAAAGUAUCCGGUUAUUUGAAAACUAUCUUAAUUUUAAAAAUUGUUCUUAAUACGCAGUUUAAAAUUAAAAAUACCUCUGUAGUUUUCUUGUACUCCAAAUAAAAAAAAUAUUGAUAUUGUAUUACAUCCAUAAAAAAAAUUCAUGUGUUAUAAAGCUAGUGUAUAAUGCAGUAGGUUUGUGGAAUUAUAUAAGAAAAAUAUUUUAAUGUUGGAUGAUGAAAUACACAACAGCGUGCUAAAUAUAUUGUUUUAAGUUGUAAAUAUUUCUGAUAAAUGGACUGUUUUUUAUUUGUUUUUUUAAAUAGAAAAAAAUAUUGCGUCGAGUUUAGGUAAUGUUAAUUUAAAUAUAACUUAAAGAACAUCUUUGAAAAGAAAGUAUUGUUAUAUUCUAAAAAAACUAAAUAUAUUUAUUUUUGUCUAAGAUUUAGGCCUAAUCAGUAAUCGCAAUGACUUCUGACCACAUAUCCCAAAUGUAAAUACUACUAAAUUUAUAAUGUAAAUAAACUGAAUAUAAAAAUACUAUAAUACUAAUUUUUCAAUUUCAUAUUUGUGAUAAGUAAAGAAUUAUAGUUAUAUUAACGUUAUAAGGAGCAGUAUUGUAAAUUGUAUAUUUAAAAAUAUGUAUUUUGAAGAGUGACCAUAACAUGUGAUAAACAUUCAAUGUUUUGUACUUCAAAUAUAAUUUGUGUUUUGUUUUGUUAAA